AUGUUAGAAAAACCCGCUUUAUACCUGGUUUACGGAGUCGAGAAUGAGCUCCAGUGCUUGUUCGUCACCGAUACAUGCAGUCUAAAAAUCCUCUGCGUUAAAGCUGCAAAAAAAGUGAAAUUUCUCAAAAUUUUGGCUUUGGGCGGAGCUUAUAUGCUUCUAACGUGGAGGAUCGAAGAAAACGAUCCAUUCGAGAUGUCCAAUGGUUUGUACGAGUGGAAUCACACUUAA